AUCACAUCCCCGCCGCCUGAGCACCAUGGUCUCCGACGUGGUCGCCUUCCUCGGAUUUCUGGCUUCGUUCUCCCUUUUCGCGUCGCCAGCCUUCAUCUUCAGGAGAAUCAUCACCGAAGCUUCUGUUGUGGGCUACCCGUUCCUCCCUUACCCCAUGGCCUUCCUGAACUGUAUGAUUUGGCUGUUCUAUGGCACUGUCCACACGAACAGCGAUUACGUCAUCAUAAUCAACAGUGUUGGUAUGAUUAUCGAGGUCAUUUUCAUGGGGUUCUACAUCUGGUUCGCUGAUGGGAUGGACCUCCGGGUUGCUCUCAUAGAGCUGUUCGGCAUGGGGGGGCUCGGCACCUUUGUGGCGUUGCUGGGGUACCUCUGGCGGGACACGGUGUUCGGCUAUGCCGGAGUCGUCAGUGGGAUCAUCAUGUACGGCUCUCCCCUUUCCGUCGCGAGAAGAGUGUUCGAAACACGGAACGUCCAGAACAUGUCCUUGCUCAUGGCCCUUGCUUCCUUGACUGCCAGCAGCGUGUGGACGGCCUACGCGUUCGCGUCGAAGCCCUACGACUUCUACAUCGCAAUUCCCAACUUGAUUGGCUUGGUGCUCGCGUUGGUGCAGCUGGCCCUGUAUGCCUACUACUACUUCAACGGCGAGGAGGAGGAUGUGGUGGCAUGAGGGAAGCGAGGUCGUCGGCGGCGGCAGAGCCUGGACUCGUUUGUCUAUUUUGCGUUGUUCUUCUAGGAACCCACAUAUUAGACAAUCCAGAGCCUCGAGUAACCGUUUGUAUGCGUCUUAAUUCUCUACAUGCACACAUCUGUGCUUUGAACUGCUCUUUUCAUGUCCUUUGCUUUUCUGCUGUGUGUGUGGUCAUAUUCCCAAUUCUGCUUAGUUCUUGACACUUUAUGGGUAUGAGUAUUUUGUAUCGUAUUUCAAAUGGUGCAUUUGCACUUUUGCGGGCUGUGAAUGUAGAACUAUUGCCAGAUCUGGCAGAUAAGGAGCUAUGGUUUUGAUGACAAAGUUCUGAUGUGAUAUGCUUUUAGUUA